AUGGCGUCCAGCAAACCCAUCGUGGUACACACAGAGCUCGAAAUCCUGGGCGACUACAGCCUCCAGUUAAACAGAUGGAUGCUGAAGGCGAUCGGUGCCUGGCCAAAAUCGCAUUCCACGAAAUUCGAAAAGAUCGUUUCGAUACUUUUGAUCAUAACCUGUUACUUCUUCGUGCUGAUCACCGUACUUCCCUGCAUACUGCACCUGAUCUUCGAAGACGACGACCUUCGCACGAAGGUGAUAAUCCUGGGUCCCCUGAGCCACUGGUUCCUCGGGGGUGUCGGUUACACCACAUUGCUCGUUCACAAUAAGGAAAUAAAAUGGUGCGUCGAUCAGGUGAAGAGUGAUUGGAGAAACGCGACCAGACCGGAAGUGCAACAACUGAUGCUGAAGGACGCGAAGUUCGGUCGCUACGUGGUAGCCUUUUGCGCGACCCUCACAGAAUUUUCGACCGCGUGCUUCACCCUGGUGAGGGCUCUGACCACCGAGGUUAUUGUGGUCGGAAACGAAACCAGGAUCAUGCGCAUGUUGCCGUGUGUGCCCUACAGGGAGCUGGUACCAGUUCACACCAGCCCCACAUACGAACUCAUGCUUAUCGCGCAGUUUGUUUCUGGUUUCGUCAUAAGCUGUGCUUUUGUUGGGGCUUUCAGCUUGGCUACUGUUUUCACGAUUCAUGCUCAUAGUCAGCUGAACGUGCUCAUGAUGUCGAUCACGGAGCUUGUUGAUGAGUCUAGGGAGAAGAGCUUCGAGAGGGAUAUCGGGGCUGUCGUCAGGAAACACUUAUCAAUUUUCAGUUUCAUAUCGCAUAUAGAGGCAAUAAUGAACGAGAUAUGCUUCAUGGAACUAUUCAAGUGCACAUUUAGUAUAUGCCUCCUCGGAUAUUACAUACUUAUGGAAUGGGCUCAGCAAGAUUUUCGAACUAUGACUGGUUAUAUCUCUGUGUUUAGUUCAAUGACCUUCAAUAUUUUUAUGUUAUGUUUUAUCGGUGAGACGAUAAAGGAACAGUGUAAUAAAGUCGGUGAAGCUGUCUACAUGUCGAAUUGGUAUUAUUUGCGCGAGAAAGAUGUUCUUGAUCUGAUGUUGAUCAUUUCGAGAUCUUGUGUGGAGACUAAUAUCACUGCUGGAAAAAUAGUUCAUAUGUCUUUUUAUACUUUUACUGGUGUACGUUUCCCUAAUUUUAGCGCACAAAGAAAUAGGGUGAACCUUCAGACAAAUAAAAAAAGGCAAGCAUAA